AUGCAAUCUGACUAUGCCCAUCCGACUUCCUUACGCGCUAUUAUCAAGCCCGAGGAAGAUUGGACCAAGAUAUCAGAUUUUGGUAAGCGGAGGAGGAUACAGAACCGCCUUGCUCAGCGCAAGUACCGAAACAAAGUCAAGCGCCUUACUGGUUCCUCUGACGAGGUAGAGGCUAAGAAACCCCGUCAACAGCCUACCAGAUGCAAACGCCGUUCCUCUGCAUCCCGCAGUAGAAAAUCAAGCUCUACAGGUCCCGGACUACCCGGGGUCCCUCAGCUUCAAUUCAACUCACCAGUGACGCCUACUGGCGAGCCUGGCUUUCCCGAUACCUACGACGACCAAAUGAGCUCCGACAACCAAUUCCGCUUAAAUUGCCCCGUCAACCCUGUUUCCAUUGAGAUUCCAUUUCCUCUCUAUGGGCUUGCUCAGUCCGACAUAGACAUUGUGGCAGCUGGCGAAUAUGCUGCUAGCAUAAUGUCCUCCACAGUGCCCAUGCCACCUUCUCUCGCAACACACUUGAACGACUCCAUCAAUUCAGAAGCGUACCCCAGCAGCGAUGGAUUCAACCCGCACAUAGCCUGCAGUAAUAUGACUCCCAUGGAACUCAAUUAUCUCAGCCUAUACGACCAGCUCUAUCCUCAUGUGAGUCACGCCAGUAAAACAUUGCAAGAGGCUGCACGAGCUCCACGAUGCUAA